GUGAUGACGUAUCUUUGACGUUAUGGCGGCUCACGCUGGCGAGCUGGAGAUUGCGAAGAAGAAUUUAACGAAUGCCAUCGGCGAUAACGUGAAGCAUUAUUGGGCUAACCUAAAGCUGUGGUUCAAACAGAAGAUUAGCAAAGAAGAGUUUGAUGUCGAGGCACGUCGCCUGUUGCCUCAAGAGAAUGUCCACUUUCACAACGACUUCCUGUUGGCCAUCCUCACACGAUGUCAGAUUAUUGUUUCUACACCAGAGGGCCCAGGCUCCUUGCAGUGGCAAAGCUGCGCCUCAAAGUCUGACAAGUCAAAAGGAAAGAAGAAGUGUUCCUCCAGGCAGAAAUUUGAUCAUCGCUUCCAGCCGCAGAACCCUCUGUGCGGCGCGCAGCCGUUCAGCCCGCGGGAGGCGGGCGGCGAGGAGGAGGAGCUGCGGCUGAGCGCCCACACGCUGCUGCUGCCGACCCGGGGCCAGCUGGAGGCCCGCAUGAUGGUCACCGCCUUCGAGAUGGGGCUGGACAACGUCACAGAAGACGCCAUCAGCACCGUGGUCUGUGCUGUGGAGCACCACUUGAAAGACGUCCUGACCGCCGUGGUCACUCGGAGGAAGGCGUACCGGCUACGCGACGGACACUUCCCUUACGCCUUCGGCACCGACGUCACACCUCGGCCUUUUCUCAAGAACAGCCUGUCUGCGUACCACGGCAUCAGCAAAGGUCCUCCUCCAAGCGCGUCUCUUGCUGCGUGCCCACCGCCUCAGGUGUCGCCCGACGACGCCGAGCAAAAAGCCGUCCACUUGCUCGCUUGCUCCUCUGACACGCUGCCUGCACCGCUUCCUCCAAUCAACAUGUUUGACCUCCUGGAAGCGCUAAAGGUUCAUCGCGGCGUGAUGCCCUCCCACACCAUGUACGCCCUCAACAUGGAGCGCAUCCUGGUCCAGCUCUGGCACCCCAGCCACGAGGAACUGGAGCAGGACCGCAUACACAGGCAGAGGCUGGCCGGUAAGGAGGGCAUGCCUGUCAGCUGAGAGGCUCGAUCUGACUCUCUUCUCACCAGACUGUAGGACUGAGCCCGUCUCUGGAAACCAGUCCAGCUCCAGAACAGCCACAUGGGGGAGGGAGUGUUUUCCAGGAAGUGAAAGACUUGGAUAAUACCUGUGGCUUACAGAAGACGGAGCAAGAGGAAAACCAGGAAGACGGAACGCUGUUGUCGUCUGUGUGACGUAAAAACUUUACCUGUCCAGCUUUAAUUACAUGUUGACUGCACAACAAGUAAUUGUUGUAAUUUAAACUAUAGGAGCGAAUGAAACACAACAGUCUAGUUCUGGAAAAACCACAAAGUCUCACCAAAUGUUUUUGGUCUAGUUUCUUGUGGAAAUAUUGUAGUUUUGUCUUAUUUCAGGUGCACUAACACACACACACACACACACACACACGAAAUGUUUCAGCAAGAAACAGGAGCCUGUUUUAAGUCAAUAAAGAGAAAAACGUACUAUUUUCAAAAGGCAGAUUAUCUCACUUAUAAUAUGGGAAAAAAGGUAUCGUUAUAAAUAAAAUAAUCUGCCUGUGGAACU